UUUACCGGAAGCAUGUGGAUUUAUUUACAUCAAGAAAUUUCAACAUGCGUCCACUAACUGAAGAAGAGACAAAAAUAUUCUUUGAAAAGCUGUCGAAAUAUAUUGGUGAGAAUAUCAAGUUACUGUUAGACAGACCAGAUGGAACUUACUGCUUCAGACUUCACAAAGACAGAGUUUUCUAUGUCAGAGAAGAGAUAAUGAAGUUGGCAGGAAACAUUGCCAGGAAGAAUCUAAUCAGUAUGGGAACAUGCUUUGGUAAAUUUACUGGAUCACAGAAAUUCAAACUACACAUUACAGCUCUAGAUUUUAUUGCACCAUAUGCUAAGUUUAAAGUAUGGGUAAAACCAAGUGCAGAACAACAGUUUGUUUAUGGACAUCAUGUAAUGAAAUCAGGUCUUGGAAGAAUUACAGAAAAUACUCCACAGUAUCAAGGUGUCAUUGUGUACAGCAUGAAUGAUCUCCCCUUGGGUUUUGGUGUAGCAGCAAAAACAACACAGGAGUGUAGGAGAGCAGAUCCUAUGGCCAUUGUUUCAUUUCAUCAAUCUGACAUUGGAGAAUAUAUCAGAUCAGAAGAAAAAUUAUUAUAGUAUUGAUCAAAUGUUCUGUUUAUUAUUUAUUAUUACAAAAACCACAAUUAUAGUGACUGGCCUUAAUACAUAGUUAGGUGGCAGUUGUUGUUUUCAAUAAUUUGGUGUGGUGUUGAUGGGAGAUCUUUGGUGGUCUGUUUAGAUUUUAUUCACAUCUUGUCUAGACUCAGGGUCAGUAUGAACUUACAGUAUGUAUAUAUUCAUAUAAUCAUAUUACUGUUUCGUGAAAUUGAUACAAAAAUUACAGAACAUCUUCAGUUUUUGUCUUGCCUCAGACUUAGACAUGCUGUGUUGGCAUUUUCAACAAUCAUGACAAUGUAAAAGUUUGUGAUAAGGUCAGUUUAUGGGAAACCACUUAUGGUGGGUCAUUACUAUUAGGUUUUCAGUUGUAUUAGCAUUGGCACGUCUCAUUUCCAUUGAGAAAAGGGUCCACCCCCUCAGUCAUGGUCUCUUGCCUUGAAACUGUUGUUUUGUAAAUACAUGUUUAAGUUUGAGAUUAAGUUAGUUUAUGAUGAACCACGAAUGGUAAUUCAUAGAACUGUUAUUGUGACUAAAUUUGAUAUCUACCUUUGUAAGUAGAACAUGGUAUCCUUAAUGAAAUUUUGUUUAAAAUUUAUUUGUUAUCUGCCAAUUGUAAAAUUUGCCAUUAAAAUACAUAAACAUUAAACACAUCAUAGUAGAAUAUGACAUCAUAAAAUUUUGCUCUCUUACAAAUAUGUAUUCCAAAGGUAUGCCAAUAACUUAAUUUUAUUUGAUAUGGGCAAAACAAAUUUUAGUGUGAAAAUUAUGAAUGUGACUUCAACAAUUCCUUGUUAUCCAUAUUUUUCAUGAAUAUGUUCAAAAUGUUUUACUCCCCUAUUUUUCUUUGAUACCCAUGUAGUGCUUCCACAGAAUAUUUAAGAACAAGGGUAUGUGCUAAUUAAACAAAUAUCCACCACAAACUCGAGGAUGUGGAUUUAAACAAAUGUAGGUCACUGUACAGCCUUCAACAACUGAGCAUAACCCAUACCCUAUAGUAAGCUAUUAAAGGCCAUUGCAUGACAAAAGUUAACUUAAUAGGCUUAUGAAAACAUCAUUAGAUGUGGGAUUUAAAAAUCAUGAUUUAGGAUUAAUGCAUUAGAUAUCAAUAGAAAAUAUGGUUUCAUUAAGCACUAAAUUUCAGGUUAUGCUUGUAUCAUGAAAUUCUGGAAAAUGAUCAUUUUUUUCUGUAUUGCUUUAUUUGCAUUAUAAAAAAAUUGGAGCAUCUAGUAA